AUGGACACUCCGAUGCUAAAAACUUCGGACCCUUCCAUUUCUUUCGUCACGCAGAUGCUUCUGACCUUGGCGCUUUUGAUCGUUACAUCCGCAGCCGGAUUCGUUCCGCUAAUGGUGAGCCAGUUCAUAUGUUCUACCUACGUUCCAAAUUGAAAUGAUUCAGAUAGUGAAAUUGGCUCAAAACCAAGGGCAGGACCCGAGAAAACGAGGAUGGAUGUCAUACCUUUCCUGCUUUUCCGGGGGCGUUUUCAUGGCUUCUUGUUUCUUAGGUGUUCUGCCACAUAUCAAGUUAGAUAUGCCUCGUCUCAAAAUGAUCUUUUCGAAAUUCAGCAAAGAAUACGCGAAAUUGAAUAUGGACUACGAUUUGAAGAUCGCCUUCCCAGUACCGCAGCUUAUCGUCUGCUGCGGUUUUUUCUUGAUAUAUCUUCUAGAGGAGAUUAUUCGUAUGGUAAGAUUUUUUUUUGGAAAAAAUAAAAUAAAUGCAAUUCAGAUUUUCUCUGACAGUUCACCGGAAGACAGAGGUGCCUACGAAAAAGCUUGUGAGCAGUGAGUUCUUUAGUUCAAAAGUUUGAAAGAUCUCUAAUUUUCAAGGUUACUUUUUACCUUUAGAAAAAACGUGCGUAGACCCUUUUUUGAGAUAAAUCAACCAUCUUGAAUUAAAGUCAGAACUAGCUCUUCUAAAGUUAAAGCUGAUUUUUUUUUUGUUGCUAACAUCAGCUGCUAGAUUUAUUAUAAUUUUUUUUUUUGGCUUUUUCUUCAAUAUCUCUGUCAAUCUCAAAGAAAUUUUCGAGAAAACUUUCAAAAAAGGACCUCUCAACCUCUAUCAAAACUAUUCCAGGAAUCCCCUCGAUUUGGAGGCAGUUGAAAGGAAAGAAAUGCUGCGAGCUUUGAUUUUUGCCUUCGCAAUCUCGUUUCACUCAUUAUUGGAGGGAUUUGCUCUAGGAGUACAGGUAAACAAGGGGAAAAGAAACCUGAACGCCUAAAGCUUCUGUUCCAGGACACGUCCUCCGGUCUUUUCUCGCUGUUCAUCUCCUUGCUCAUCCACAAGUCUGUGGAAGCCUUCUCCGUGGGAAUCCAAUUUUCCAAGGCAGGAACUUCUAAAAUUGCCGUCAUCGUUGCAACAGUUCUCACGUAUGCUUUCAUGACCCCUCUGGGCGCUUUAAUUGGAGCACUUAUUCAGGUCAGAUGAGCGCUUGUUUUUCGAUCUCUAAAAUGUGUUAUUUCAGCGUGAAGACAGAAAUUUGGGUCGUGACGGAGUUAUGUUCACUUUUGAAUCCCUUGCGGCUGGCACCUUCAUAUAUGUGACUUUUGUUGAAGUUUGUUUUAAUUUUUUGGCGAAAACUUCUAUUCUUUUUUCACAGAUAGUGGCCUACGAGAAGGCGAAUCAUUUCAACAACUUCAAGCAGCUGAGUUCAAUUAUUACCGGUUUUCUCAUAAUCACGGUCCUCACCUACUUUUUCGAAGAGCCUUAA